UUGUGAAGCUCAACGGCGAUUCUACUGAGAAAAGUUUGUGUUGAGACUUUCUCGAGGGUCGACUAGCAAGGCCACACCAGCCUCACAUCGCCCCCGUCGUAUUUUUAUGCCUGGUCGUCUGCACCAGCGAAGCCGAGUGUAACGAGGUUUGUGAUUGGUCGGUGCGUCAUCAUUCCGGUGGAAAUUCCGUGCAGGUCUGUACGUCAAUAUAACCUGCUGUGAAAGCUGAGAGCGAGCUAGAUAACACGCGAGCCCACAGUUAACAGUCUGGUCGCCUGUUGAAUUGGUCCCUACGUAGCUUCCACACCACGAGCGACACUUUCUGAGCACUUUCACUCCAUCUGGUGAGAUGGGAUUGAUAUAAAUACAUUAUCUUCGCUCGACCAGACAGCGGUUAGGAUUCUUUCAUCAUCGUCUGCGCGAUUUGGCGAGUACCUGUGCUUCAUUUCAAACCGGUGCCGUUGACAGGGACUCAACAACCAGCAGGUGUAGUUUUCUAGUUUGAAUAAACCGAGGGUUGACGAGACAAGACAGUCUGUUCACUUUUCUGUAAGCAGUCAAAAAAAAAAAAAAAAAAAAAUUCGGCGGUCGUCUGCUUAGUGUUGUGUUUCGCCGAGACUUGAUUGGCGUAGGCGUACCCAUUCAUUGCCGAGGUCGGAUUGAUCGCUUCGUCCUACAAAACUAGGGUGCGCUCGACACCCCAACUCAGUCGGGGCGGCCAGUCGUGCGAUCUGCUCCAUUAAGAGGACACUGGGAUUGCGCCAUACCAUCUCUAGCAAUAUUUGUGUCGUCUGCGUUGCCAAGAAAGCAGAGACAACAUGACUGGCACUGUUCACUUCGACGUUCCUGACACAGCCCUCGACAACUCGCCUCCACGGUUGCCAGGUCGCCGCCUGCUGCGACCCGUGUCCAUGGAGGAGGCCGACAACUCUGUGAACGAGAUUCACGAGAGCUUACCCAGGCGGGCAGCAGUGCGUCUGUACAGGCAGAUCAGCUCCGGGUUCAACUCCAAGACGAUCCGCUGCAUCCUAGUGGUGUCCCUUUGCCUGAACAUGAUCUUCGCUGUCCUCAUCGGCAUCUUUGUUGGAUUCUGGAAGUCGUCCAAAGAGUUCGAGUCGGCGAUUAAUGCCACCCAGUCGCAUCCCACCCGGCGCUGACCUCUUGACCUGCUUGCCGUGCACUGAUCAAGGGAUACCCGGGCUGGCCGUCUACAUGAGGUCUCGAAACGGGGUGUGCUGUACCAAAGACACAGUCCCCGGGUACGACCAGGCAGACAGAAUGUUGCAGAUGACACGCGACUACCUGUUGGAUAAAGGAAAGAUCACUAACUGCAAGCAGAAUGCAGUGGAUUCGAAAACCCUGGCCACACCUGCCGCUCACCUGACCCUUGAUGUCACCAGGUCCAUCAACAACCUGCACACCUUGCCGAGUGGGCAGCAUUAUCUAGUCUGGAACACAGAUGACACCUCCGGCACCAGCUUCCUUUCAGCUGAUUUGCACUACGCCAACGGUUCCAUUACCAUACCCUCCACGGGCCGCUACCACGUGUACACCAACCUGACCUUUGACACCAACGCCAACGUGUUGUCGAUGGGGCAGCUGCUGGUGGACCACUCGGUGAAGAAGGUCUCCCGCGGGCGCACGGACCACCUGCUGCUGGACCGUGUCAACCUCAAGCAGCGGGAGAUCAAAAGCAGCGACCUGGAGGGUACCUUCGAGUUGAAGCAGGGGGACAUCAUUAAUGUGGCUGUGUCGUACCCGUCCUACCUGUACAACCUCCCACAGACAAACGUCUUUGGACUCUUCAAGUUAGUGUCCGACUAGCUACCCGGACCCUGAACUCGUUCCGGCAUUCAGGAAAAACAAAACCACCACGACUGCCUGACCAGGCAGAACUCGUUUAGUCAGGGAAAACGAACAUUUUUCAAAGAAACCUCUCUUCGGAGGGCAUCACGGGAGAUGUCUGUUUCAUGUGUUAUUUAAAAUAUUGAUCGUCGCUAUUGACGACGAAGACUUCAUUCCAAGACAAUAAUACAAAAGAUUAUGGUUGUCAAGUGAGGGUGGUGGUGUUUGUAGGGAGGGGGCGCUGCUUAUUAUUUGCUGAUUUAUCUUGUGUCUUCGUCACGUGGUUAAUUUGAUCAGGUGUGUCAACUGACAACAUGGUGAUAUUUGGGGAGGGGGUCAGGGAGGAAAAAUGUGUCACCAAGCUUGAAUUAUGUCCCUUAUUGCAAACAAGAAGGACAUGAUUUAAUAAAAAGGGAUUGAACAUUUCCCCACUUUUCCCUUCCUUUUCCCAACGCUCCUGCCGAGAGGAAAUGUUCUGUGACGAGACUUGUUCGAGCACUUAACCACCAUGUGUUUGUCAUGCAGCAGGAGCCUCGUUCUCGCAUCCUAGCGGUCACACCCUGGCUUGAGAGUUUCGUCUCUACUUUGCUUCCGUCCCCAUUGUGUGAAAGAUCAGAAGGACGAAAUCUCAGGGUUAAGUGUUGAGCUGUCAAGUUUCUGCCAGGAUGAUGCAACAGUGUCGUCGUUGUUGUUGUUGGCACCAAACAAAAACCAGAAGCAAAAACCGUUGUGAUAAAAGUGAAGCUGGUGGCGACAGAGGCUUGGCAGGUCAAGGCUGGUGGCCAGACAUGAUAUCAAACUACUGUCAGCAAUACUCAACCAAGGCAGAUAAGCAGACAUGGAAAAGGCAUUCGCCACCGCUUGCACAAGGUGUAAUCUAUUUGAAUUGCUAAACAGUUGUGGCAUCCUGAAGAGAAGGGAGGUUACCUGAUGACCCUUUUGAACUUCCCAGCAUGCUGCUGCCAGGCUGAAAUUUCCUGAAGUUGUCUGCAGUUCCUCCUGCUCCUCCAUCCCUCCCCGGCGAGAAAGAAGUCGUUGGCAUCGAUGGCGAGACAGGUAAAGCGCCAUCAACGCCUCAAGCUACUUAAGAGUGAUCGUCCUUGCGAGCUGAAGAUUCGUUGUGUUGUGUGGAAGUUGUUACACUAAGGACAACCAGCGGAGAAACCACGAACGCCUGAGAAAAGCUGUGUUGACAGUUUGAACUCGACUCCCAGAAUUUAGUAGUCUAGCAAUGCAAACCACUCGAACCUGGAAGCAACCACUCUGAGAUGUUGGAAUGGAGUGGUUGAGGUGAGCUUUCCGACAGCUCCAUGUCACUUUUCUUCCUUUUAAAACACCUUUUAAAUCGUUCUGGAGGCGACCAAGUGAAGGUCUUCUGUGGAAGUGAGAGUAAGAGUGCUGCCGGGGGAGAAAAAAAAAACAAAACCAACCCUCGGACCAUUUUAUCUCGUGAACAUGUCACGUGACGCUAUAUGCAGCAAUAUGUCGAGACCAUUCGCCCUCGGUGUGUGCGAGUUUGACACAUCUGUCGACUGUGUUAGUGCAGUUACUAGUAAUCCUUUGUCAGGAAUAGAAGAUGUUCUGUGUGUCUCGUUUGGAAGAGACUGAGACUGCUCACGUGACUUACCUUCUCACAUUCAUUGCAGGUCAAACGAUGGUGGAGAACAUUUGUUAACAUUGGUAAGAAAUAUUUCUUUUUAUGCAAAAGCAUUGAUGAGAAAUCUGUUUAAUGUUAAAAAAAAUGGUGGAAACCGUGUUGACUUGCCAUUAAAUAGAAUUGUUACAUGUCAAAGUUUAGUGACGUGUCACUAGUGACAGUUGUUACAUGUCGAGCGUUGAUGACACGUCACCCCACAAGCACUUUCAUUACGUGCCUCCCCACUUCCGGUAAUCAACUCAUCCGCUCAACAGUUACUUCCACUUGUUUGCCCCUGUACCUGAGGAUGCAGUGUGCCAGCCUGGAGAUGGAUUGACCGAUGUAAAUAUUGAAUAGUUUUCUAGUUUCAUUCAUCUCUGCUGUUAAUGUUUCAUGCGGACCGUUGAGGAAAUGCACCAUGAUGACAUAAUGAUAUUAUUGAUGUUGAAAAGGGAGGGGAGGGAUCCCAGUCCUGCUUGUUUGUGUGUCCAACAAAAUGAAUUGAAUGUACCUGGUCUGUUAGUGAGAGAGAGAGAGAGGGAUAAAUAUUUGUGUAACUAUUCAAGACUAAAGUGAUGUUUGAGUUCCCGUGUAAAAGCUGUUUGUAUUUUUUCUGUAAGUGAAAGACAAGUUUCCAUUUUCAUUUUUUCAUAUUUUAUAUUUCCUGUGUACUGUUCAUGACAAUAACUCUUUGGUCUAGUCGCUCGCUCACUCACUGACAGUUAAAAGAAAUUUAGACCAUAAACCCUCAAAGGUCUCGGAUAUGGAUUUGUCUUAAAUAUUAAAAUCUUUGUUGGAGGUAGAGUGUAGAUGUUAAACUGUGUUGUAGGUUGUAAAUGACAGCUUCAGUACAGCUGCAAACAGCUGCUGCUUAAAGUAUUACUACUAGAAGAACGCACGUGCGCACGGUCACAUGACAACGCAUGAAUCGUAACCCUUAACCUAUCACCUUUUGCCUUUUAUAUUUCUUUUUCUCAGCGGUGAUUUUUUUCCCCCGUUUAAGAGGACAUGUUUGUGUGUUUGUAUUUUUUUUUUUUUUUUGGAAGCAAGAAACCUGUGGGUGUGAACAAACUGCAUUUUUGAAGUGAGGUGGAAGGGGAACUUUCCCCCCGCAGGUGUGAGUAUAACUGGCUGGGGGCGUGGGUGGGUGCAGCGACUCCGACCACCAGACAUUCUCAACACUCAUGUUGCUGUGUGUGAUGACCUGUUGAUAUGCUAUUACUGUGUUCACAUGUUACGAACCUUGUCCAGGGGCCUGACAGCCACGUGUGUGAUGUGUUAUAAGUUAUUUACUGAAUGCUGAGCGGAGACAAGUGUUGUAACUUAUACAUUCUGAGUCCUCAAUGCAAACUUUCUGCUGUCCAACAUUCACAUCCUCAUUUUGUUCGUUUUUUGAUGAUCGCCUGUUUCCCGCCGUUCAUGUACAAUUUUUGUAGUAGAUAAAACUUUUGUCUUUAGAAAGCCGAGGCUGGUAUCAUGAUAGUGAUAUCAGGCGAAUUUCAAAUGUUUUCGUUUCUUGAGAAUCAUUAAUUGAAAUUGUUGUCAGGAGGAAAUGAAAGCUAUUGAAAUAAAUAAAUGAAUGAACAAAA